GGCAUUGCUUACCACACUCGGAAGCGGAAAAGACAUUUGAUAUAAUUGUAAGUUGGUUUUAUAAGUCUUAAUAGUGUUUGUUUAUUUCUUUCUUGUUUAAAUUAAAGUAAUUUAUUACAAUUAAUUAAAAUGGCAAAGCGAACCAAGAAAGUAGGAGUUGUUGGUAAAUAUGGUACUCGGUACGGUGCUUCUCUUAGGAAAAUGGUUAAGAAAAUUGAAGUCACACAACACUCAAAGUACACAUGUACAUUUUGCGGAAAGGAAACAAUGAAGCGAUCAUGUGUAGGAAUCUGGUCUUGCCGCGGUUGUGGCAAAACCGUUGCCGGAGGAGCCUAUGUCUUUAGCACAACCACUGCAGCUACUGUUCGUGGUGCUGUUAGAAGAUUGCGAGAAAUGAAAGAAUCUUAAGCUAUAGUUUUGUUUAAAUUCAUCAACUCUUCUGUCACUUUUUUGUCUUCAUGAUCGAAAAUAAAGACUUUAAAAAAUGAAAAG